CCAUGGUGGUCCAAUGCGUAAUUCACAGGAAAAGAACGCACCUGCAUCAUAUUUCAAAUCUUUGUUGGUGAUAAAUAAAUCUCAUUAUCCUUCGAACCAUGUUCUCUCGAUCCAUCUUACGCUCUACCACCUCUUCACUUCGUCAAGCAAGAACUUCCCCUUUCAUCAGACCCUUUUCCUCAACCCCAGCAAUCAUGGUCAAAGAAGGCGACGCCAUCCCCAACAUUGACCUCUUCGAGGAUUCUCCCGGCAACAAGGUCAACCUCUCCAAGGAGCUCGCUUCCGGCAAAGGUGUUGUCAUCGGUGUCCCCGCGGCUUUCUCUCCCUCCUGCUCCGAGCAACACAUCCCUGGCUACAUUGCAAGUGACAAGCUCAAGAGUGCUGGAAAGGUCUUUGUCGUCUCAGUCAAUGAUGCAUUCGUCAUGAAGGCUUGGUCAAAGGAUCUUGACUCUUCCAAAGUCAGUGGCAUCCGCUUCUUGGCUGAUCCAGCUGGAGAGUUCACUCGAGCUUGGGAUGUCGAGUUCGAUGCUACCCCACUGUUGGGCAACAAGCGAAGCAAACGUUAUGCUGUUGUCACUGAGAACGGCAAGGUUUCAAAGGUUGCUAUCGAGCCAGACCCGACCCAGGUGACAGUCUCCGGAGCCGAGAGCGUCCUGUAAAUAACCACCUCCCGCCUUGGGUAUGAGUGGCCAGGGAAUGAACAGGUGCAGUAUGUAGCGGCCACGUUCUCGAGCAGAUACAGAAUUGGGGAAGCUGCACACGAUAAAAGACAUGCUUAGCAGUCAGCGAGCAGAACGAUAUCACCAGGUCCAAGUUUAAGAAUCCAUCUAAUCGUCCGUCACUGCCAUAUGGUGUUUAUUGAAAGUUUCUAUGUCUG